AUGACAGCAAACUUUUUCAUCAACAUAAUUGAAGGUGCGAAAGGGAUAGCUCUGAUGAUGGUGUUCAAACCAGGGAGUGCUCAUGCUGUUGAAGGAGAAGACCCAGAAGACGAUGAGCCCUUCUUCAAUGUUGACUCCUUGAUGGACAUCAUAAGGAACAUGGCGCCUAAAUGCCUGAUUCAGGCUUGCUUCAGAAAGCACGAGACUGAUAGGUUGGAAUAUGAAGUUGAAUCGGAUGAGUUGAAUUCUAGCCUGGAUAUGAAUGUGACAGAAGUGCGACUGUCGGUCAAAUAUGUCAAUGGAGCCAACAUUUUGGGCCUGAUUGUGUGGGCUUUAAUAUUCCGCAUAAUCUUCAACAGGAUUGGAAAAGAUGGGAAAGUCCUUGUAGAGGUCUUUCAUGUCCUCAACGAGGCCACAAAAAUAAUUGUCGACAUGAUACUGAGCUUCUUGCCAGUUGGAGUGCUGUUCUUGACCACAAGCCAUGUUAUUGAGUUUGAUAACGUGGAAACUAUCUUCCAAAUUGGAAAUUUCAUGGCACUGGUUUUUAUUGGGCUCAUAAUUCACUCAACAAUAGUUUUGCCUGUGACCUAUUUCCUGUGUACGAGACGUAACCCCUAUGGCGUUAUCAAGGAGAUUUUUCCCGCCUUAAAAAUGGCACUGUUCAGCUCGUCAAGCGUUAAAACACUACCACUCACUAUUCAAUGUUGUGAGAGCCGACUCAUGAUCGACAAAAGUGUCACUCAGUACAUGCUGCCCAUCGGGACCAACAUCAACAUGGAUAGAACUGCCCUUUAUGAAGUGGCCGCAGCCAUCUUCAUAACCCAAAUCAACAACAUCCACCUGAAAAUCGGCCAGUUAAUCGCUAUUGCGUUGACAUCAGGAGUGUGCAGCAUAGGAUCCUCAGGGAUCCCGGCUACUGGAGGAAUGACCACUAUGUUUGUUCUGAUGACCGAUGGUUUACCUGCCAAGGAAGCCAUCAUUCUGGUGGUUGUAGAAUGGCUCCUAGACCGCUGCAACAGUGUUGUCAACGUCUUGGGAAACUGUAUUGGCGUGGCAAUCGUUCACCAGGUGUCAAAAGGACAACUGGGAGAAAUGGAGCAAGGACCGCCAACGCCAUGGGUGCAGGUCAUUGAUGAUGAGGAACUCAGCCUGGACAUGAUCCAGGCUGAGUUCAACCCAGAGGAGCUCGCCGAGGACGAGGAAGACAUGUUCAACGCUCUGGAAUAUUAG